AUGACACUCCCUUGGUUCAUUCCUCAGCUUAGAAACGUUGAGUUUGAAGACGACGACGAUAACUCGGUUAUCAAUGUGAUCGAGAAGCUGAAGAUUGGAAUCGAUAUCUCGGAUACUAAGUCCGACAUUCUGGAAGAGUCGACUAUUGCUAUUAAGGAGUACAGAGAUGAAGCCAACAGACCUUGGUGGAAGUUUUUCGACGAAUUUGAAUAUAGAUAUACCACAACUGAGUCUAAAAAACACGACUGGUGGAGAUGGUUCGAGAAAGGUACCAGCAAAGAAGAGAAGAAAUUGAUAUUGAAGUUAGAUGCUCUGUUAGCUUUGUACGCUUUUAUUGGAUAUUGGAUCAAAUAUGUUGACCUGGCCAAUUUGAAUAAUGCCUAUGUUUCCGGAUUGCAAGAAGGUAUUGGAAUGAAGGGCAAUGACUUGAUCAAUACUCAGGUUCUUUUUACUGUAGGUCAAAUCAUCUUUGAAUUGCCAUGGAUAUUUUUGCUACCAAGAGUUUCGUUGCCGUAUGCUUUGUUUGUUUGUGAACUUGUUUGGGCUACUUUCACGCUUGUCACAUACAGAGCUGAAAAUCCCGCUACUUUGAAAGCGUUCAGGUUUAUUAUUGGGGCAGCAGAAGCGUGUUACUUCCCCAUCAUUCACUAUUCUCUUGCUAGUUUCUACACUGCAACAGAAAUAGGAAGAAGGGGUGCUUUGUUCUACUGUGGUCAGUUUUUAGGUGUUUUGACUUCUGGUUUACUCCAAGCUGCUGCCUCAAAAAUUCCAAACCCAGGAGAUUCAUUGUCAGGCUGGCAAUGGAUGUUCAUAAUAGAUGGUAUUAUUUCCUUUGCUGUUGCUUUUCUUGCCUUGAUAAUGCAUCCUGGUACACCCCUCCGAUGCUAUUCUAUAUGGUUAACUGAUGAUGAGAUCAAGCUUGCGAGGUCCAGAAUGAAGAAAAAUGGUUCAGAUGUUAGUCCAACCGUCAAAUCAUUCUUUGAUAAAGGAACAUGGAAAGCCAUUCUUAGCUCCUGGCACUUUUGGUUGUUAUCCAUUUGUAACAUGUUUGGAUUCAAUACCAAUAGUGCAUCUUCUGGAUCUUUUUCGUUGUGGUUGAAAUCUUUGGAUAGAUUCUCCGUGGCAAGAUUAAACAACUUGACUACUAUCCCCCCAGGUUUGGGAUUAAUUUGGAUUCUUAUUGUAUGUGUGGGAGCUGAUUUAACCCGGAAAAGAUUUGGGUUCAUUAUUCUAUCCUUCAUAAUGAACUUCAUUGCCAACUUCAUAUUGGCCCUUUGGCAUGUCCCCGAAACAGCUAAAUGGGCAGGAUAUUUAUUGGCUUACUGGUCUUGGUCGCAAAGUUCUGUGUUUAAUCCGUUGAUAAGUGAUAUUUUAAGGCACGAUAACAACCAAAGAGCCAUCGAGUGGAUGGCUAUUUACAUCAUUGGGUUACAGUCCAGUGCUUGGAUCAAUAGGUUGACAUUCCCAACUGUUGAGUCACCCAGAUUCAAAAAAGGGUUUUCUUCCUGUGCUGCUUUUAGUUUAUGUUUCGUCAUCACCGUGUCUAUCAUCUAUGUUUUCUACAAACGAGAUGAAAAGAAAAAUGCCUUGAAAAAUGGAAUCUACAUCUACGACAGCAGCAAGGGAGAACUGCCACCUACCUUAGAGGAAAAGUUGGAACGUGAUCUGUUGUGAAUAAUAUUGAUAAUGGAGUUUAGAAUGACCUGCAGCGCCUUUUCUUUGAAGGCAUAAUUCAAAUGUAUCUUUUUUCCAUAA